AUUGAUUAUUAGUAGCACAGUUUCGGAGUUUGACUUUAAAGUUUUAUGGAUCGACUUCUUCGACCAUUACCAAAAACAUAUCACUCAAACCCAAGAAUGUAGUAACCGCUUCCAUCAUCCUUGCUUCAUCUCGGGGGUAACAACUUCGGCUACUAUCUUUCCUUAAUACCGGAAAACAACAUUUUUUUUUUGUUUUAUUUUGUUUCGGUUUUAAUCAAUCUGGGGGAGCUCAGCUCAGUCAUGGCGGUCUCCGUCCAAACGAGUCUCUGUGACAGUGUCAUGGAGCUCACCAAGGUGGCUCAGCAAAAGGGUAGCGACCCUUUGCUCUGGGCGAUUCAGUUGUCGUCGAAUUUGAGCUCGGCCGGCGUGUCUUUGCCUUCUGUGGAGGUCGCUAAUUCAUUGGUUUCUUACAUCUGUUGGGAAAACAACGUGCCCAUUUUGUGGAAAUUUCUUGAAAAGGCAUUGAUGUUGAAGAUCGUGCCUCCUAUGUUUGUGCUUGCUUUGCUUUCUACGAGGGUCAUUCCAAGAAGAAGCUCUCAGCCAGCGGCGUAUAGACUUUAUAUGGAACUUGUUAAACGCCAUGUUUUCAACCUCAAAUCCCAGAUGAACGGACCAAAUUGUGAAUUGGUAAUGAAAUCAAUAGAUGAUGUCCUUCACCUCUCCAAUUAUUUUGGUCUGCCAGCAAGUGAACCUGGGAUUGUUGUGGUUGAGUUUAUCUUUUCAAUGGCGUGGCAGUUGCUUGAUGCAGCAUUGGAUGAUGAAGGGUUGCUGAACCAUACUCUGGAACAGAAUUCCAGAUGGGCAGUCACAACUCAAGAAAUGGAAAUAGAUGGUCAUAAUAGUUAUGAUGAGAAGUGGAACGAACACAAUGAGACAUUGAAGAAUGCAAAUACUGUCACGGCCAUUGAGAUAGUUGGAGAACUUCUCCGAAAUAAAGUUACAGCAAGAAUUUUGUUCUUGGCUCGUCGACAUUUGUCCACACAUUGGGCGAAUUUUCUUCGUAGACUACAACUUCUUGGAGAAAAUUCAUCAGCAUUAAGAAAUUCAAAAACUCUAUCACCUGAGGCUCUUAUGCAGCUAGUUUCAGAUACUCGCAUUGUCUUGUCUCGAGAAUGCAAAACAAGCUCUCUACAAAAGUUCCAUGCUGUCAUGGCCUUUGGAUCUAUGUCUUCUUCAGCUGGUCUUUGCUAUGGGGCUAGCCGCUCUGCUCUGUGGCUUCCUCUUGACCUUGUAUUAGAAGAUGCCAUGGAUGGAUACCAAGUGGAAGCAACUAGUGCUGUAGAACGAAUUACUGGUUUGAUAAAGACCCUUCAAGCAAUAAAUGGCACAACCUGGCAUGACACAUUUUUAGGUCUUUGGAUUGCAGCUCUUCGUCUUAUUCAAAGGGAAAGGGACCCCAUAGAAGGCCCUGUACCUCACCUUGAUACCCGCUUGUCCAUACUGCUGUGUAUCACUACUCUUGUGGUUGUGGAUCUUAUCGAGGAAGAGGAAAGUGCUCCACUUGAUGAAACAGAAUGCGAUUCCACCAAUCAUUGGAAAGAAAAAAAAGAGAUAUCAGGAAAGCGCCGUAAUGAUCUAAUAUCUAGCCUGCAGAUGUUGGGUGAUUAUCAGAGUUUGCUAGCUCCACCUCAAUCUGUUGUUCCUGUGGCCAAUCAGGCUGCUGCAAAGGCAAUGUUUUUCAUUUCAGGCAUUGGUGCAGGAAAUCAAUACUUUGAGUGCCUCAGUGUAAAAGACAUGCCAAUCAACUGUUCUGGUAACAUGCGUCAUUUGAUAGUUGAGGCUUGUAUUGCAAGACAACUAUUGGACACAUCUGCAUACUUUUGGCCAGGCUAUAUAAAUGGACAUGUCAGCCAAAUACCUCAAGGUGUUCCAUCCCAAGUGCCUGGUUGGUCAUCACUUAUGAAAGGGGCCACACUUACCCCAUUAAUGAUAAAUGUUUUGGUUGCAAGCCCAGCUUCAAGCUUAGCAGAACUUGAGAAAGUAUUUGAGAUUGCAAUUAAUGGAUCAGAAGAUGAGAGGAUAUCCGCUGCUACAAUUCUUUGUGGAGCCUCACUAAUUCGGGGAUGGAAUAUACAGGAACACACUGCUUAUUUUAUCAUCAGAUUGUUGUCUCCCCCAGCUCCGGCUGAUUACUCUGGGAUUGACAGCCAUUUAAUUGGCUAUGCUCAGAUGCUGAAUGUACUCAUUGUUGGAAUAGCUUCUGUUGACUGUGUUCAGAUUUUCUCUCUACUUGGCUUGGUUCCGCAACUUGCUUGUUCCCUAAUGCCAAUAUGUGAAGUGUUUGGUUCAUGUGUGCCCAAUUUCUCUUGGACUCUCAAAUCAGGAGAAGAAUUUUCUGCCCAUGCUGUGUUUUCCAAUGCAUUUAUUCUUCUGUUGAAGCUAUGGAGGUUUAAUCAUCCUCCUCUUGAACACGGAGUGGGAGAUGUACCCACAGUUGGAUCCCAGUUAACUCCCGAAUACCUUCUCGCUGCACGUAACUCACAUCUAGUAUCUUCUGGAAAUGCCUUCAAGGACCAAAACAAGAGGAGACUCUCUUCUGUUGCAAGUUCGUCAUGUCCUCAACCCGUGUUUGUUGAUUCAUUUCCAAAAUUAAAGGCCUGGUAUCGGCAGCACCAAGCAUGUAUAGCAUCAACUCUUUCUGGUCUUGUUCAUGGAACCCCUGUUCAUCAGAUUUUUGAUGGACUUCUUAACAUGAUGUUCAGAAAGAUUAAUAGAGGAAGUCAGUCUUUGACUUCUGCUACUUCUGCUACUGGGAGUAGUAGUUCUUCAGGACCUGGAAUUGAAGAUAACUCCUUCAGACCUAAAUUGCCCGCCUGGGAUAUACUGGCAGCUGUUCCCUUUGUGGUUGAUGCUGCUCUUACAGCUUGUGCUCAUGGAACACUUUCUCCUCGUGAGCUGGCUACUGGGCUUAAAGAUUUAGCUGACUUUCUGCCUGCAUCUUUGGCGGGCAUUGUGGGUUACUUUUCUGCUGAAGUAACUCGUGGAAUUUGGAAGCCAGCUUUUAUGAAUGGAACAGAUUGGCCAAGUCCUGCUGCAACUUUGUCCAAUGUUGAGGAGCAGAUAAAAGAAAUCCUGGCUGCUACUGGCGUUGAUGUCCCUAGCCUUGCUGCAGGCGGAAACUCACCAGCUAUACUUCCUUUGCCCCUGGCUGCAUUUGUGAGCCUGACUAUAACCUAUAAGAUUGACAAGGCCUCAGAGCGUUUUCUAAAUUUGGCUGGCCCUGCCUUAGAGUCUCUUGCAGCAGGUUGCCCGUGGCCUUGCAUGCCAAUUGUGGCGUCCCUAUGGACCCAGAAGGCCAAGAGAUGGACUGACUUCCUAGUAUUUUCUGCAUCUCGAACUGUCUUCCUCCACAACAGUGAUGCGGUAGUUCAGCUUCUUAAGAGCUGCUUCACUGCUACACUUGGUCUGAAUGCCACUCCAAUCUCAAACAAUGGUGGCGUUGGAACUCUUCUUGGUCAUGGAUUUGGAUCUCAUUUCUGUGGCGGUAUGUCCCCUGUGGCACCUGGGAUUCUUUACCUACGUGUGUUCCGGUCAAUGAGAGAUAUUGUGUUUACAACAGAAGAAAUUGUUGCCAUCUUGAUGCAAUCUGUGAGAGAGAUAGCCUGCAGUGGUCCUUCCAGAGAAAAGUUGGGGAAGUUAAAGACAACCAAGAAAAAUGGUGUGAGAUAUGGACAGGUUUCACUUGCUGCAGCAAUGACUCGGGUGAAACUAGCAGCUUCGCUUGGUGCUUCGUUAGUAUGGUUGACUGGAGGCUUAGUUCUGGUUCAGUCAUUGUUCAAAGAAACUUUGCCUUCUUGGUUUAUAUCUAAGCAUAGGUCUGAACACGAAGAAGGAUCAUCAGAAGGAAUGGUUGCUAUGCUUGGGGGCUAUGCACUGGCUUACUUUGCAGUGUUGUGUGGAGCAUUUGCCUGGGGUGUUGACUCAUCAUCAGCAGCAUCAAAGCGGCGUCCAAAAGUUCUGGGGACCCACAUGGAGUUUCUGGCAAGCGCUCUUGAUGGGAAGAUAUCACUUGGUUGCGAUAGUGCUACAUGGCGUGCUUAUGUAUCUGGUUUUGUGAGCCUAAUGGUGGGCUGCACACCCAAAUGGGUGCUCGAGGUGGAUGUAAAUGUGCUGAAAAGAAUGAGUAUUGGGCUGAAGCAGUGGAAUGAAGUAGAACUUGCUCUUGCAUUGUUGGGGGUAGGUACAGUGGGUGCAGCUGCUGAACUAAUAGUUGAAAUUGAGAUGUAAAUUCUUUUUACUCUUUUCUUAUUGAAAUUUGUAGGUGGCGGCAAUACAUGUAGGUAGAUUACUAGAUUGUAGUUGUAAAUUAGAACCUUUUCCCAUGAAGAUCAUAACCUUGUUCAAUGAAAAGCAUUCCGCAGAUUUUGUCA